AUGAGCUGGAAGACAAAGACAACAGGUCCCUUCCUUCGACUUCCCCGACCCUACCCUCGAAAGCUUUAUCCCGAAAAACUCCGGCACCCGGAGCAGACCGAUUCCAGAUGCGUCGAUGAACUCAUAAGGGCCCUGCCUAAGCCUCGACCGGGCGCUCGUAUUCUGCACAUUCUUGAAGUGUCAAGUGAAUUUCAAGGAGUUGGGAAUAUACCAUCCAAAUGUAAAGAUCUGAACCCUUAUUACUGCCAAAAGCGGCAACUUAACCCAUGUGCUUCCUUCCACUGCAGGUCCUACCAACCGCCACCCAUCGCCUAUUGGGCUGAUCCUCGCAGUUUUAUGACGCUUCUGGUGCAUCCCAAGAUGUUUAAAAAUCACUCGCCAACCUUUGUAGCCACGGCUUUUAACCGCCUUCAUGCCGCGCUUACCUGGCCGGAGAAAGUCUUCCCAAAGUUCCCAAUAGCUACCUAUCGUCAGGAGGCGAAAGCCCUGUCAAGCUUCAAGCGGCCUGCCGGCAUGAUAGGCGGAAAGUACUCCAGAAUCCGGAAACCACGGGGGUCUUAG